GUCAAAUAUGAACAGAACAUAGUUGCUGUGAUGAAUGUGGAUUUCUAAGUAUAACUUCUGAGUACUCUCUUAAUUUCUUCCUAUAAGCACUAGGGUUUGUUGCAGAUCACAAUGUGGCAAGUUUUGGUAACAGCAGCAGUAGCAGGAUCUGGGUUCUUCGCCAAAAAACUCCUUAACACCAAUGCCACUGAAUCCAUUACUGAUUCUGAACAAACUAACCCAAAAUGUGAUCAACCCAAAAAAUCCCAACACUCUUUCGAUAACUCUGCUCAUCCCCAAGUUUCAAUUCUUCCCAUUAUCGAUGACCAGAACAGAAAUACUGAUUUGCAGACUAUCUUUAGGUUUUCAAGUAUUCAGGGGUCUAAGGGAGGAGAUGGGUCUCGAUUGAGGAAGAAAUCAGGGUGUGGUUCGAGAUGGAUUAGGGGUAAUGUGGAGGGUUUUAAGAAUGGUGGGUCUGGGAAAGUAGACAAGAAAUGUGGGUUUGUGAAUGGUGGUGAAGAAGGGGUUGUGGUGGAUCACAGGAAGAGUGGGAAGAGAUUCGCCGUUUGCUUGAAAAAGCGGCGAACUGGGAAAAAUGCGAGUGCUAAGUGCGAAUCUUGUGCUUCCAAAGACAACUCAAUUUUCGGUUGGGGACUUGGAGUUGGAAUGAUGUGCAUGAUGUCAGCUGGGAAAGCUGAAACUGAUAAACUGAACAUGGCAAUGGAUGAGACCAAAAAAGUUGUACAAGAACUGAAAAAUGAACUUUCCAAAAGAAAAUCAUUGCGUAAUAUGCAUGUUUUGAGCUCUAAAAGUGCCGUUAGUACCACUCUGAACACAAUUCGAGGCCAACAUGUCCACCCAGUACUCCUUAAGUCAAGCACCAACAAUGGAGAUGAUUUUGUCAUUCCUAGUCUUCCUGUUACCGAUGAAGGUGAAUGUGCAAGUAGUGUUCUUACUGAAGAGCCACAACCAGAAAUGGAUCAACUGGAAGCAGAGUUUGAAUCUGAACUGCAAAAGCUUCCUUGGUGCACCAUAGAACCUUCUGGACUUGAAGAAAGAAUAUCAGAUACUUGUAAGGUUGACCCAGAAAAAAUGCUUCAGAAUGAAGUUUCAGCUAAAGAGUUUCACGAACCAGAUGACCAGAAUUCAAAUUCUUUCCAGUUCGGUGGGGUUUGCCCAUCUGAACUGGAUCAGAAACUGUGCCAUUUGCUCAUCGAUCAGCAGGAAAGCCAAAUUUUGGACCUGGAGUCUCAGUUGCAAUGCACCAACACUAAACUCCAUGAGAAAGAAGUCGAACUAGAAGCACUCAGGGACUGCAUUAGACGUCUCACUCAAUUUUCUUUAGCUAGCGCUUCAGAUGAAGAAACAGAAGCCAAGGUGGAAGACUACAAAGCCGGUGCUAUGGAUGACGAGAAGAAGAUGGGACUCGAGUCAACAAAAUCAGCUGUCGGGAUGAAAAGAGCUAUGGACUUUGAUUUGUAUGAUUGUCACUCAAAUUAAUACUGUCUAAUCUACAAGCAAAUGGGAAGUUCAGUAAGUGCACAAUCAUCUCUGGCUAUGAGAUUUACACCGUCCAAUGCUAUUAAUACUAAAUUAUGGUACUCUCAAGCACAUUGCCUAUUUUUGUGCACUUGUUCCCCCAACCCCAAACAAAAGUCGUUUUUUUUCCUUCUUG